UGCUCUCGUCAACAUCUCGCCCGGUACACCUUACAUACACGAUGCCGCUAACCCCGAGCGACGCCCUCGUUAUAUAGCAAUGCCCUCCCGCCCCGCUGAGUAGAGUGCUCGAAAUCUAGACAAGGGACUAUAUCCGGCUAGCGCCAAAUACACUCCCCCCACUCUGCCCCGCCAUCUUCACACUCCCAACGCCUCCACAGCCUCCAAAUCUAAAUUCCACCACACUCACAAAUGGCCGCCAUAAUCGAAGGCGCGAAGCGCCUCGCCGCCUAUCGGGCGGUCGACGAACAUUUUCCACCCAACGCCCGCUUCGUCGGCAUCGGCUCCGGCAGCACAGUCGUCUACGUCGUUGAGCGAAUAGCGCAGCUACCGCGCGAGCGCACCGACCACGUCGUUUUCGUUCCGACGGGCUUCCAAUCGCGCGAGCUGAUUCUUCGCGCCGGGCUAAAGCUCGGAAGCGUCGACAUGGCCACCGAGCCUCUCGAGGUCGUCUUCGACGGCGCCGACGAGGUCGACCCCUACCUCAACUGUAUCAAGGGUGGCGGUGCGUGUCUGUUCCAAGAGAAAUUGGUCGCCAUCAGUGGACGGAAGUUUGUCGUUGUUGCUGAUUUCAGAAAACUCUCUCCAAGCCUGAGCACACACUACGCGCCAGGCGUUCCGAUCGAAGUCGUCCCAAUGGCGGCCAACUACGUCCUGUCGCGGUUGUCCGCGCUCGGCAGCACCACGCCCACCAUCCGCAUGGGUGGCGCCGCAAAGGCGGGCCCGUGCAUCACCGACAACGGCAAUUUCAUUAUCGACGCGCCGUUCCAGGAUGGGUUCAUCCCGAGCGCUUCGUCGUCGAUUUCCCCGCCGAGGCCGUUGUCGCCUGCUAGCAGCGCGGUCGCGGUCGAUACUGGGUUGAAUCCCGAUACGGGACACGAGAGGGUUGGCGGGAGUAAUGUGCUCGGUAAGGAAGAGGGUCAUCCUGGUGCGGCUGUAGGCAUGGGUUUGGGCUCGAACGAGAAUGUGGAGGAGAUGGCGAGGACGCUGAAGAGUAUCGUUGGUGUCGUAGAGCAUGGCAUCUUCUGGUCCGGCGACAGGAAGCCAGUCAUGGCGUACUUUGGAAUGGAGGAUGGCAGUGUGGCCGUUAGGGGGAACAUGGGACAUCAUUCAUAGCACUGUUCCGGGUCCAGAGAGGGGAUAUGGAUGUACAAUUAUCUGUUGUGCGAAUCUAAAAACUGGAAUACCUAUGACAAUGAUAUAUAAACU